GUCGUGGAAUGUCCUUAUUUCUAUAAUAAAAAGAUGAAUAUCCAUGUAUUUAUAUGCAAAUGACAACUUGUUUUUGCUUUUGCUUCGUUAAAUUCCAGGUAAAUUACAAAAUAUAUAUUUUAAUGCCAGGUCAUAAUGACUUGGGCCGGCCCAAAUUUUCUGACUCGGCAAACACUCUUUCUCACUUCUUUAUAAAGAAAUCCUCAACUAUCCUUACUCUCUCCCUUAACUUACUCACCCGAAACUUUCCACUUAUUUACCAAAAAACCAGCCAUUGAGCCUGAAACACGCCGUCCACCGCCGCACACCCCCUCACCGGGGGUAGUGCGUCGCCUGCACGUGCCGCCGUCUACUUCUCUACUAAAGCAACACUCGUGGUCGCCGGAUCUCAUCCGCGAGGAAGCUUGGUCGAAGCGCCGGGAUGUAUCCCGCCGUCGCCGCCGCGGGAAGAGCUUGACGGACGAAGACCUCGACGAGCUAAAAGCCAGUCUCGAGCUCGGAUUCGGAUUCGGAUCCCCCGAAAUCGCCGAUCCGAGAUUGUCGAACACGCUUCCCGCCUUGGAACUCUACUUCGCCGUUCAGAAAAGCUACAACGACGCCCUUUCCAACAAAUCCACAGCGUCGUCUUCUUCGCUCUCCGACGGCGAUACCAGUCCCCACACCGUAUACCGAAUCAGCGAUGAUCCGCAGACGGUGAAGACGAAGCUGAAGCAGUGGGCGAGAGUGGUGGCUUGCACCGUGAACCAAUCGCCUCCGAGAUAAAAGUUGACGGCGUUAAUUUAAACGGCUGUUAAAAAAUGAUCGGGAUAGUCGUGGGCCCAUUCAUCAUUGUAAAAUUUCUACACACAAUUACUAGUAAAAUAUCAGUAUAUAUUGGACCCAACUUGUCUACAUUAUGUCAUUGUUCAUUAUUAAUAGCUGACUUGAUUGAUUGCUUGAUUUUCUGUUACUUUGUAUUUGAUAAAUCAUUUUAUAUAGACAACAGAGCACAAUUUGCAAAGAAUAUUCUUUGUCAAUGAGAUGAACUAAUCAAAGUCAUUAAGUAUAAAGCAAAUGGUAGCC